UGACGUCGGUCCGGGCUCCGCAGGCAGGUGCCGCUCCUCGCGCUGCUCCCGCUGCUCCCGCAUCAGCUCCGAGCCCCAGGCGCGUCGUCGAGAUGGCUUCUGCCACUGAUGCCCGCUAUGGCCAGAAGGAGUCUUCGGACCAGAACUUUGACUACAUGUUCAAGAUCCUGAUCAUCGGCAACAGCAGCGUAGGGAAGACGUCGUUCCUCUUCCGGUAUGCCGACGACUCCUUCACCCCGGCCUUCGUCAGCACCGUCGGCAUUGACUUCAAAGUUAAGACCAUCUACCGCAAUGACAAACGCAUCAAGCUGCAGAUCUGGGACACGGCAGGGCAGGAACGAUACCGGACCAUCACCACGGCCUACUACCGGGGAGCCAUGGGCUUCAUCCUGAUGUACGACAUCACCAACGAGGAGUCCUUCAAUGCCGUCCAGGAUUGGUCGACCCAGAUCAAGACGUACUCCUGGGACAACGCGCAGGUGCUGCUGGUGGGGAACAAGUGCGACAUGGAGGACGAGCGGGUCGUGUCGUCGGAGCGGGGCCGUCAGCUGGCUGAGCACCUGGGUUUCGAGUUCUUCGAGGCCAGCGCCAAGGACAACAUCAACGUCAAGCAGACCUUCGAGCGCCUGGUAGACAUCAUCUGUGAAAAGAUGUCGGAGUCGCUCGACGCCGCCGACCCGGCUGUGACUGGGGCGAAGCAGGGCCCCCAGCUGAGCGACCAGCAGGUGCCCCCGCACCAGGACUGUGCCUGCUAGGAGACCCCAGCACGGCCCCGCCCUGCACUCUGCCCCAGCUUCCCCUGCCCCG